AUGUCGGAGGAGUUGCCAGAAAGAAUGACUGGACAGUCUUCCAGGCCAGAUACAGAAACAGGAAGGCAUGAGGGAAAUAAGUCUAAAGAGCUUCAAGAUGUUGUGCUUUUGAUCUCACAAGUGACUUUUAAACCGCCAGCAUUUAAGGGUACUGGUGAUCCAGCAGUGGCUGAUGGCUGGUUGUUAAAGAUUGGAAAGAUUCUACAUGGUAUGAUAUGUCCUGAAAAUAGAAAGAUACCAUUGGCUACAUUUGUGCUAGAAGGAGAAGCAGAAAGAUGGUGGCAAGCACAACAUAGAGAAAAAUUUAGACAGAUGUCUCUCACCAGUAUACAUUGGGAUGAUUUUGUAAGGGCAUUCAGAGACUGGUUUAUUCCUCCUUCAGCCAGGCUGGCUCUGCAAGACAAAUUCUUCAAUCUUACUCAGGGGUCUAUGACAGUUAUGCAAUACGAAGCUGAGUUCGCAUCUUUGUCCCGAUAUGCGCCACACUAUGUCAGCACCCAGGAGGAGAAGUGUCACAGAUUUUUGAGAGGCCUGAGGGAUCAGCUACGAAUUACAUUGGCGCCUUUUGAUAUCAAUGAAUUCUCAGUCUUAGUGGAGAGAGCCAGGAGAAUUGAAAAUGAGUUGAAUUUUUCUAAGCAUAGUCUGGAGCAGCAACCAAUAGGCAAAAGGAAGAUAUUCGAAAGAGAUGAUCGAUUCAAAAAUAUGAAGCCAAAGUUUGAUGAUAAACAAAAGCAAAGUCAGUUUGAAAAACCUUUAUGUGAGCAGUGUGGGAAGCGACAUUUUGGUCAGUGUUUGGUGGGAUCCGGAAGAUGUUUUAGAUGCGAUGAGAUGGGUCAUCGCAAGGUAGAUUGCCCUAAAGAAAGAAGACUCAAUAUCAGGCCACAGGGAUAUCAGGGAUAUAAGGAACAGACACAACAUAAGAGAUAUUUGGAAGGCAAUCAGACAGGAAAAACUCAAUUUCAAGGAAGGUCAAAAGUACAAGGAAGACCACCAGUUCAGCUUAAAGAAGAAGCAUCAGAUGUUAAAGGCAAUCAACCUGUGAAGGCUAGAGUGUUUGUUAUUACACCCCAAGAAGCUAAAGAUUCAGAGGAGGUGGUGACAGAAUGUGAAUUUUGGCUAAGAAGUAUUUCUUUCUUGGGGCAUAUUAUCAGUGGUGAAGGAAUUUCUGUAGACCCUCAGAAAAUAAAAGCAAUUAUGGAAUGGCCAACACCAAAGAAUGUUACAGAGGUUCGUAGUUUUCUUGGACUCGCAGGAUAUUACAGAAGAUUUGUCAAAGGAUUUUCACAGAUUGCUAUGCCUUUGUCUAAAUUAUUGAGAAAGGAGUUAAAAUUUGAAUGGACAACUGAAUGUGAGAAAAGCUUUCAGGCAUUGAAAAAGCAUCUGACGACAGCCCCAGUAUUGACACUUCCCUCAGGAACAGAAGGAUUUCAGAUUUAUAGUGAUGCAUCUUUGAAGGGCUUGGGAUGUGUUCUAAUGCAGAAUAGAAAGGUGAUUGCUUAUGCAUCUCGACAGUUGAAGCCCCAUGAAAGAAAUUAUCCCACUCAUGAUUUGGAGCUGGCUGCAGUGGUAUUUGCUUUGAAGAUUUGGAGACAUUAUCUGUAUGGGGUAAGAUGUGAAAUUUUCACUGACCACCAGAGUCUCAAAUACAUAUUUUCGCAGAAAGAAUUAAACUUGCGACAAAGAAGAUGGUUGGAACUCAUUAAAGAUUAUGAUUUGGAUAUCCAAUAUUGUCCAGGAAAAGCUAAUAUUGUGGCUGAUGCUUUAAGUCGCAAGUCCUCAGGGAUGAUGAGCUGGAUGAUUACUCAAGAGGUUCAAUUGAUCAAGGAAAUGGAAAAUUUGCAAUUGGAGAUUAGAGAUUUCGAAAAUUGGGUACCCAGUGAUCAGGAGUUGAGAAAAGAAAUUUUGCAAGAAGCUCAUCAUUCUGGCUAUACUAUUUGUCCGGGUAGUACCAAGAUGUAUAAAGACUUGAAGGUAAUAUUCUGGUGGCCAGGUAUGAAGAAAGAUGUUGCUGAGUAUGUAGCUAAGUGUGAAGCAUGUCAAAUUGUGAAAGCUAAACAUCAAAGACCUAGUGGACUACUACAAUCACUACCUAUCCCUGAGUGGAAGUGGGAAGAAAUUACAAUGGAUUUUGUGAUGGGAUUUCCCAGAUCCAGACAGGGGCAUGAUAGUAUUUGGGUCAUUAUUGAUAGAUUAACUAAAUCAGCUCACUUUUUACCUAUUAAGCAAACUGAUUCAGUAGACAAAUUAGCACGUCUAUAUGUAAAAGAAAUUGUUAGAUUACAUGGUAUUCCAAAAGUCAUUGUCUCAGAUAGAGAUGGUCGAUUUACCUCGAGGCUUUGGAAGAAUAUUCAAGAAAGCUUGAGUACAAAUCUACAUUUCAGUACAGCUUUUCAUCAUCAAACAGAUGACCAAUCUGAAAGAACCAUUCAGGUAUUGGAAGACCUGUUGAGAUUAUGUGUUUUGGAUUUCAAAGGAAGCUGGGAAUAUCACAUACCAUUGAUAGAAUUUGCCUACAACAAUAGUUACCAAUCCAGUAUACAAAUGACACCAUAUGAAGCACUUUAUGGUAGAAAGUGCAGAACCCCCUUAACUCAGGUUGAGGUAGAAGAAAGACAACUAAUGGGCCCAGAAUUGGUGGAGGAAGCAACAGAGAAAAUCAGAUUAAUUUGAGACAGAUUAAAAGCUGCUCAGGAUCGCCAACAAAAGUAUUAUGACCCCAAGUACAGAGCAGUAGAGUUUGACGUGGGUGACUUUGUAUUCUUGAAGAUUAAGCCUAUGAAGAGUAUAGCUAGAUUUGGUAAGGGAGGCAAAUUGAGUCCUAGGUUUAUUGGACCUUUUGAAAUUGUUGAAAGAAUUAGAAAAGUUGCUUAUAGACUUGUUCUUCCAACUGACAUGUCAGAUAUACAUAACGUUUUUCAUGUGUCACUGCUAAGGAAAUGGGUUACUGAUGCCCAUCAACGAAUCUCACAUGAUGAUAUUGAACUACAGAAGAAUUUGACUUAUACGGAAGAACCCGAAAGAAUAGUAGAUUUUGAUAGUAAACAGAUCAGAAAUCGUCAGAUUUCUUAUGUUAAAGUAAAAUGGAAAUACAGACUAGAAAAAGAGGCAACAUGGGAGAGAGAAGAAGAUAUUAAAUUUAAGUUUCCUCAACUAUUUGACAACUAA